AUGACAAGCACCAAUACAUUGACGAGCACAACUGCAACCAGCACCAAUACCUUGACCACUGAUACCAUGACCAGCACCACUACCCUGACGAGCACCACUGCAACCAGCAACGAUACCCCGUUCACUGCCACCAUGACAAGCACCAAUACACUGACGAGCACAACUGCAACCAGCACCAUGACCUUUACCACUGACACCAUGACCAGCACCACUACCCUGACGAGCACCACUGCAACCAGCAACGAUACCCCGUUCACUGCCACCAUGACAGGCACCAAUACACUGACGAGCACAACUGCAACCAGCACCAUGACCUUUACCACUGACACCAUGACCAGCACCACUACCCUGAUGAGCACCACUGCAACCAGCACCAUCACCACUGCAACCAGCAACGAUACCCCGUUCACUGCCACCAUGACAAGCACCAAUACAUUGACGAGCACAACUGCAACCAGCACCAAUACCUUGACCACUGAUACCAUGACCAGCACCACUACCAUGACGAGCACAACUGCAACCAGCACCAUGAUCUUGACCACCGUCACCAUGACCAGCACCACUACCCUGACCACUGUCACCAUGACCAGCACCACUACCCUGGCGAGCACCACUGCAACCAGCACCAUGACCUUUACCACUGACACCAUGACCAGCACCACUACCCUGAUGAGCACCACUCAUACCUGCAACCAACACCACUACCCUGACCACUGUCACAACGACUAG